GCCGCGCCCCGGCUCCCUGGCCGCGGCCCCCGCUCUCCGCCCCCUUCCCGCUCUCGCUUCCCACGCCCCCUCUCCGCGCUCGCUCGUCUCCUCCCCUGGCCGCCCAGCCCGGGGCUCCAGCCGCUCCGGAGGAGGCGUGAAUCGCGCAGGGAUAUUGACUAAUUUGGGGUGGGGCGGGGUGGCGGUGGCGGUGGUGGUUCGGGGCGGGGGACGGUGGGCGAUGGAGCAGCCCGAGGACAUGGCGUCGCUCAGCGAGUUUGACUCCUUGGCCGGCAGCAUCCCGGCCACCAAGGUGGAGAUCACCGUGUCGUGCAGGAACCUUUUGGACAAAGACAUGUUUUCCAAGUCUGACCCAUUGUGCGUCAUGUACACGCAAGGGAUGGAGAACAAGCAAUGGAGGGAGUUUGGACGCACUGAGGUCAUUGAUAACACGCUCAACCCGGACUUCGUACGCAAGUUCAUUGUGGAUUACUUCUUUGAGGAGAAGCAGAACCUCCGUUUUGACCUAUACGAUGUCGACUCCAAGAGCCCGGAUUUAUCUAAACACGACUUCCUGGGCCAGGCCUUCUGCACCCUUGGCGAGAUUGUGGGGUCCUCCGGGAGCCGCCUGGAGAAGCCUCUCACGAUAGGAGCCUUCAGCCUCAACUCCCGGACAGGCAAACCUAUGCCGGCCGUGUCUAACGGAAGUGGUCUUUCGAUGGAAAGCUCCAGAGUUACUGGUCCGGAAGCUUCCGGCGGCGUCCCUGGGAAGAAGUGCGGCACCAUCAUUCUGUCCGCAGAGGAGCUGAGCAACUGCAGGGAUGUAGCUACCAUGCAGUUCUGUGCCAACAAGCUGGACAAGAAAGAUUUCUUCGGAAAAUCCGACCCCUUCUUGGUGUUCUACAGGAGCAACGAGGAUGGAACGUUCACCAUCUGUCACAAGACGGAGGUCAUGAAGAACACCCUCAACCCAGUGUGGCAGACCUUCUCCAUCCCCGUGAGGGCCCUGUGCAACGGGGACUAUGACAGGACCAUCAAGGUGGAGGUGUAUGACUGGGACCGAGAUGGCAGCCACGACUUCAUCGGGGAGUUCACCACCAGCUACCGGGAGCUGGCACGUGGCCAGAGUCAAUUCAACAUCUAUGAGGUGAUAAACCCAAAAAAGAAAAUGAAAAAAAAGAAGUACGUGAAUUCUGGCACGGUCACCCUGCUUUCCUUUGCGGUAGAGUCAGAGAGCACCUUUCUGGACUACAUCAAAGGAGGGACACAGAUCAAUUUCACCGUGGCCAUCGACUUUACCGCCUCUAACGGGAACCCCUCGCAGUCCACAUCUCUGCACUAUAUGAGCCCCUACCAGCUGAACGCCUAUGCGCUGGCGCUGACCGCCGUGGGCGAGAUCAUCCAGCACUACGACAGCGACAAGAUGUUCCCCGCCCUGGGCUUCGGGGCCAAGCUGCCCCCCGACGGCAGGGUGUCCCACGAGUUCCCACUGAACGGCAACCAGGAGAACCCCUCCUGCUGCGGCAUUGACGGGAUCCUGGAGGCCUACCACAGCAGCCUGCGCACCGUGCAGCUUUACGGCCCCACCAACUUCGCCCCCGUCGUCACCCACGUAGCCAGGAACGCCGCAGCAGUGCAGGAUGGCUCCCAGUAUUCUGUGCUCCUCAUCAUCACUGACGGUGUCAUCUCGGACAUGGCACAGACCAAGGAGGCCAUCGUCAAUGCUGCCAAGCUGCCCAUGUCCAUCAUCAUUGUUGGCGUGGGCCAGGCCGAAUUCGAUGCCAUGGUGGAGCUGGACGGGGAUGACGUACGGAUCUCCUCCAGGGGGAAGCUGGCCGAACGGGAUAUCGUUCAGUUCGUGCCCUUCCGGGACUACGUGGACCGCACAGGCAACCACGUGCUGAGCAUGGCCCGCCUGGCCCGGGACGUGCUGGCCGAGAUCCCCGACCAGCUGGUGUCCUACAUGAAGGCGCAGGGUAUCCGCCCGCGCCCGCCGCCCCCCGCGCCGGCUCAGUCCGCCCCACAAUCCCCAUCCCGCUCAGCGCCCGAGUCCCCCCUGCACACAGAUAUCUGAAGCCACAGGACCCCGGGGCCAAGGGUAAGCUGAGGCCCCACUCUUGUGUGGUCGCCUUCCCAGUCUCCACUCAGAGGGCCGGCAGGAGAAGGGGCAUGCAGGGCCUCAUCUCCCACCCUCUAGACUCAAUCCUCUGCCCGGAUCCAGGGAACUGGAGGUGGGGUAGAAGUCAGGGGGACACAAAGUUCUGGGGUUGCGUGGACUCCCCUAGCCCAUACCGUACGACCCCAAGAUCCCCCGUUCUUGCAGCCCAGCUGGGCCUCCUCCAGCUCCCCUCCCCUCCUGACCUAGUGUGCGGUGUCCCCAGUCCGUGAGACCCACUGUCCUGUUUCCAGGGAACCCCAGGCUAGUGGUCGCCCAGGGAUGUGUGUGACCCUCCUGGGGACAGCAUACAUAAGCAGGGCCGUGGGCCGUCAGGGGCCGAGGUAGAGGCCUGUUAGCAGAGCUCCCUCACCAUCCUCAGGGGCCCGGUGGUGUGCUAGAAUGUUCUAGAUACAGAUCUACAGCCUCACCGGAUGCCACAG